AUGGGCAGCCAAAAGGACACUCGUCCCAACUUCCUCGUCAUUGUCGCCGAUGACCUCGGCUUCAGCGACCUUGGCUGCUAUGGCUCCGAGAUAGCAACCCCUCACAUCGACGCACUGGCGUCGCAGCAGGGAGCCCUGCGGUUCACACAAUUCCACGUCGCCGCAGCUUGCAGUCCGACUCGUUCGAUGCUCAUGACAGGGACGGACCACCACAUUGCCGGACUGGGACAGUUGCACGAGUUUGUCCGCAGCUCUCCUGCUCACCAAGGCCAGCCAGGCCAUGAGGGCUAUUUGAAUGAGAAGGUCGUUGCUCUGCCAGAGCUUCUGUCCGAUGGCGGCUACUUCACAGUCAUGAGCGGCAAGUGGCAUUUGGGCCUGCAGAAGCACCACCUGCCCAUCAAGCGUGGCUUCAAGAAAAGUCUGGCGCUUCUGCCGGGGUGUGCGAACCACUAUGCCUAUGAGCCUGAAUACCAGGACCCCUCCACAGAGCCCGGGCGGUUCUUCGAAACCGCGACAAGAGCGUUACACGCCGAAGAUGAUCGAUAUCUCAACGAGAAAGAGCUGGGCGAGAACUGGUACUCUUCAGACGGCUAUGCGAGUCGCAUGAUCUCGUACCUCGAGAACCGCACUGAAGAGGAGCGUCAGCAGCCCUUCUUCGCCUAUCUCCCCUUUUCCGCUCCACAUUGGCCGCUGCAGGCUCCCAAGGAAGUAUGCGAUAAGUACAAGGGUCUCUAUUCCGACGGGCCGGAGGCUCUGCGGCAGAAGCGUCUGGAGCGGCUCAAAGCUACGGGGCUAGUCAGCAGAGAUGCCGUGGCUCACCCUGUCGUCACGACCGGCAACGAGGUGAAGAACUGGGAGUCACUCGAUGCAGAAACCCAAGCUGCGUCUGCAAGGGCCAUGGAGGUGUAUGCGGGCAUGGUAGAUCGCAUGGACUGGAACAUUGGCCGUGUCAUUGAGCAUCUGCGCAAGACUGGCGAGCUGGACAAUACUUUUGUCAUGUUCAUGAGUGACAACGGCGCUGAGGGAGCGAGCUAUGAGGCAAGCCCUCUGGUUGGCGAUAGCAUCAUGGCCCACGUCAACAAGUACUACAACAACAGCCUGGACAACAUCGGUCGGGGCAAUUCGUUUGUGUGGUACGGCCCUCUCUGGGCGCAGGCCGCAACCGCGCCAUCACGGCUGUACAAGAUGUUCUCUACCGAAGGAGGCUGCAGAGUUCCCCUGGUCGUCAAGCCUCAUUCGGGCAUUAACAACCAGCUCGGCAGUGCUGAUGGCGGUGUCAUCACGGACGCUUUCUGCACGGUCAUGGAUAUCGUGCCUACAGUUCUCGAGCUUGCAGGGCUGAAGCACCCGGGCACGGAGUACAACGGUCGCAAGAUUGCCUCCCUCCGUGGCCACAGUUGGAAAAGCUACCUGGAAUCCGCCAGCGGCUGGAGUCGCAAGUCUCCGAUUCAUGACGCCGACUACGUCGCCGGCUUCGAGAUUGCCGGAUCAGGAGCGCUGCGUCGCGGCAAUUGGAAGAUCACCUUUGUGCCUGCUCCCAAGGGCCCUCAGCGGUGGGAGCUGUUCAACAUCGAGGCUGAUCCUGGCGAGACGAACGACCUGAGCAAGGAGGAGCCAGAGAGGUUCAAGGAGAUGCUGGCUCUUUGGGAGGAGUAUAGGAAGGAGGUGGGUGUCGUUGGCCUUGCUGGUGAGUACCCGAGGGCAGUUCAAGGCGCCCAGAAGACGACUCUAAAGGACGAAAUGGAGGAUCCUUAUGCUUGGAUCAAAUAUAUUGGUAGACCAGAGAUAACCCCCAAAGAGUUGGUGGGAAUUGUCCCGUCCGCGUAA